CUUUGGCAAAGCGCUGUGUGGAUGCUGGCAUGAGUUACUCCUAUCGCGCGCUGCUGGUACUCGCUGGAUGCAAAGCAACAGCAAGGUGACUGUUUUGAGAUGACGAGAACAGACGUUGAACAUACGUGUAAAAAUGAAACGCAAACCUCGAUGUGUGACAGGCUGUGGAUUUUCAGUAUCUAAACAGAAAUGGUCGCCAACACGAACAUCUGUUAUUCUGUAAUUAAAUAUGGAAGCGAGGAGGAACUCUACGCACCCACUUAGUUAAGGAUAAACUCGAGUCGUGCGAUCGGAUAUUAGUAUUCAAACACUGGAAUAAUUGCAGUUUAUCCAUGAUCAGUCCUCUUGAUGAAAACACGGAUCAGAUAUAUGUGGAAGAUUAUACCUGAUCAAGGGUUAUGGCAGAACUUUCUGAGAGGAGAUAAUCAUUAGUUGGGUGGAUGGAGAGAGGCAGUGAGGCUAUGGUGUGCUCAUCCCCAGCAGUCGCUGCUCACGCAGAGGGAGAAGAGAUUGAGGUGCUUGAGAGCACUGAUGUCCUUCCUGUUGCUCCAGAGGACCAAUGGAAGUCCCUUUUUGACAAGUAUGAUCCAGAGAAUUCAGGCUUCAUUAGCACUGAGCGGUUUCAAGACCUGCUUGCAGCUCAUGGAUCAGAACUGGACCCUCACAAGCUUGAGGUUCUUCUCGCCCUGGCUGAUGGAAAUGCAGAUGGCAAGAUCUGCUACCAGGAUUUUGUUAACCUAAUGAGCAACAAACGUUCAAACAGUUUCCGUCGAGCGAUCAUGCAGGGGAGUCGGCAGCUCAGGAAUUCCAUGCUGAGAGAGGAGGUGGGCUUGGGUCUGUCUCGGAAACUUGUGCGCCAUGUCGCCUACGAGACUUUGCCCAGAGAGGUGGACCGGAAGUGGUACUUUGACAGUUACACCUAUUGUCCACCACCAUGGCUUAUGCUGGCCAUCACUAUAGCAGAGGUUAUUGUCUUCAUGUAUUACGGAGUACAGCUAAACCGCUGGGUUCUGCAGGUGUCAUCCCCAUACUUCCUGAAGGGCCCACUGCUCUACCACCCACAGUUCAGAGCUCAGGCCUGGCGGUACCUUAGCUACAUUUUCAUGCACGCUGGAAUUGAACACCUGGGUCUAAACAUGGCCAUGCAGCUGUUGGUGGGCGUGCCAUUAGAGAUGGUGCACGGCGCUGUGAAAAUCGGCCUGGUGUAUGUUUGUGGUGUGCUGGCAGGUUCAUUGGCUGUGUCAGUGACAGACAUGACUUCACCUGUGGUCGGUUCAUCAGGGGGAGUCUAUGCUCUGGUCUCUGCCCACCUCGCCAAUGUUGUCAUGAACUGGUCAGGGAUGAAGUGUCAGUUCAAGCUCUUUCGCAUGGCAAUGGCUCUGGUGUGCAUGAGUGUGGAGUUUGGUCGUGCUGUCUGGCUCCGAUUCUCUCCCCCAGCCAUCCCACCAUGCCCUAAUCCCAGCUUUGUGGCCCAUCUCGGGGGAGUGGCAGUGGGCCUCACCCUUGGUGUUGUGGUUCUACAUAACUAUGAACAGCGUUUGCAGGAGCAGUCCUUGUUCUGGAUCUUCUUUAGUGUCUACACUCUUUUUAUCCUCUGCGGAAUCUUCUGGAACAUUUUUGCUUACAAUCUAUUGGAUGUCAAGUUACCACCACCUCCGUGAAGCACAGAGUGCGUAUUUGUUUGUGGGAAGCUGUAUGUGAAAUGACAGACAACCUAAUUUAAUGGUUGAGAAAGUCUUAAAUGAGAAACAAAUGCUAAGUACCUUUCUGCAGUCUCCUGCAAUGUUUCUGUUAGUGCCUAAAUCAUGCCAGUGUCUAGUGUUAUCAAAGCAACUAAAAUUAGCAGACAUUUCAGCAAAGGUGAAUGUAAAAUUGGAGAUUUCUGCACUGAGAAUAAGCCAAAAGGUUGAAGCUUUUUUCAACUACAUACAUUUUAAGUUGAGGGCUAUUAAAGAUAGCGGAACAAUUAAUUUCAAAAUAAAACUGCUGCUGCUGUCAUAUAUCAGGUUCAAUCAGAUACUCUGGGUCAGAUAUUCCCCAGCUCUUAAAGGAAUAUUCUGUGUUCAAUACAAGUUAAGCUCAAAAGCAUUUGUGGCAUAAUGUUGAUUACCACAAACAUUUAUUUAGACUCGUCCCUACUUUUCUUUAAAAAAAGCAAAAACGUCUCAGUUACUGUUGUAACAUGCAUUCCCUGAUGGAGGGAAUGAGACGUUGUGUCGAUGUAGUGACACUCCCCCGGACAUACGGGUAUAAAAGGAGCAACCACUCAUUCUGGCUUUGUGCUGAGGAGCCAAGACAAGGUCCCGGCCAUUUCAGCGGGUAGUUCAGUGUUGUGGCAGGAGGGACACAAUGUCUCGUUCCCUCCAUCAGGGAACGGAGGUUACAAAAGUAACAGAGACAUUCCCCUUCUGUCACUCAUUCGACGUUGUGUCGAUGUAGUGACACUAGGUGUCCCUAUACAAAACGGCACAACUAACUGAACUGUGUUACGUGGACUGGUGGUGCGAGAUGAGCAGACCUCUGUGUGCCUCGUAGCCAGCGCAACCAGCCAUCACAUAACCUCCCCCAAUGUUCUUGUAGGUGUCAAACGGUCCCCUGCACCUUGGGGACAAGUCGACUGCUCAAAAGAUAAGGACCAGCAGACCCAGCCAUGGCCUCUUCUCAUUUUCUCCCCAAAAGGAAUUAAAUCGUUCAGCUGGGGGCCAUAUAGGCUCCGUGUAGGGGGGUGUCCCUCCAAAGAGGAGGACACCGUGGAGACCACACCCCACCCAGAGGAACAGGUGAAACCACUUUACGGAAUAUACAUCACACAGGGUUACCAAUGGGGUAUCCAGUGAAUGCGGAGCACCUUCCUCAGUACAGGGCCUAGUUAGCACACAUACUGGACAGACCAAACGACAGGGACAAAUAGUAGUAGCCAGGCCCUCGAAAGCAAACCGCAGGAAGGGUCUGUGUGGAGGUAGAACCAAGACAUGGAAUUAUGCAUUUGAAUGGGAGUCUGUGCAAGGCCAGGUUCAGAACUCACAGGUCCAAGAUUGGCCACAACCCACUGCCUUUUUUGGGUACAAUGAAUUAGGGCCUGUAAAAAACUCCUUAAUCUUGGCUGGAGGAACAGGCUCUAUUACAUCCUUCCGUAGAAGGGAGGCGAUCUCCGCACACAAGGCAGCGGUGUUCUCGCAUUUCACCGAAGUGAUCAGCAAACAGCGAUCCCGCUGUUGAACCUGGACGGGCGCCUAGCAAACUGAAUCACGUAGCCGAGUUGGAUGGUCCUGAUCAGCCACCACAAUGGGUUGGGGAGCGCGAGCCAUGCCCCCAAGCUCCGAACGAGGGGGACCAAUGGGACAAUUGCGUUGGACGUACCGGCGGGUGGGGCCUCACAACGGGGCGGAGCCUGAGGUGCCACUCGUGGCCGUGCUGAGUCCAGGGACAUCGAAACACUUACGUGGCUCCUUCCACCCACCGUCAGAGUGGACUGGGAUGGGGGAGGUGGAAAAUCGUUCUUGCGACCUGUCGUACCUGCCGAAAGGAAAUCUUGCCCGGAGGUUGUUAUAACAAUGGCACUUACAUUAAUUCUUCUGUUAAAACUCAUUUAUUAUUUGAGCUGUAAAGUUGUUUAAAUCAUAAUUCAUUAGAAUUGGUUGACAUUACAUCGUCAUAGCAACAAAGUUGUUCAAUUGGCUAUAACUUUACACAGAAAAGGUUAGAAAAGAAUUUGAUUACACUAAAAUCAUGUUCAUAUGCAUAUUGUUUAUGCCUUGUGACUAUACUUUUGAAACAGUGAGUAUUUUAAAUAGCACCUAUUAUGGUUUUUUCAAAUAUUACCUUUCAUUAAUGUUUGUGAAUGUAAAAGUCUGCAAAGAUUCAAAAAUCAAAGUGCACGACAAAUGGAGUUAUUGACACCCAUAAGAAAGAACAUCUGAAAUAAGUAGUUAGUAAUUCCAGACUUACUUCCUGUACUUACCUACGUAAUUUGGUAACAAAAACCCUGCCUCUGGUCUGUUUAGAUGUACAGACAGUGCAUGCUGUUAGCCUGUUUGCUCUUAGUUGGUAAGUUGGCAAAUUGGUAUGUAAACAGACAUUUUUUUCAGACGGAGCUGAAACUCAGAUAUGUUAGAGGGCGUUUCCUUUCCGACACGCGCUGUAACCAAUCACAACAGACUGGGACAUCUGACCAAUCAGAGCAGAGUAGGCUCUCUGAAAGGAGGAGUUUUAAAUGUAUCCUUUAGAACGGAUCAUUUAAGGAGUCAUUUUUUACACUGGGAAAAAAAGGUAAUGCUGCAAUUUAAAUCAUGAGCAAAUUAAAGUGUUUUUUGACCUUGGAUGCAUGUAAAUCUAAUGCAUGAGACCUUUAAAACAAAACUAGGCAUAUUUAAAACCAUAAUAGUUGCACUUUAAUGUUAACUGAUUGGCCCCAUUCACUUCCAUUGUAAGUGCCUCACCAGAUUUUUGCUUUUUAUAUUUACAUUAUGCAUUUAGGAGAUGCUUCUAUUCAAUAUGACUCACUGUGCACUUAUUACAGGGGCAGUCCCCCCUGGAGCAAUCUGGAGUUAAGUGCCUCACUCAAGAACACAAUGGUGGUUCUGUGGGGAUUGAACCUUCAACCGUCUGCUUACCAGUUCUGGGCUUUUGCACUCUACGCCGCUGCCACCACCACAUGCCACAAAUGCUGUCAAUAGAGCUUUACUCGUAUUGAACCCAGAAUAUUCCUUUAACUGGCACUGAAACUAAAGUUUUGCUAAAAAGAGAAAGAUCAGUAUUUUGUGAGGCUGACUUUUAAGUAAGUAUUUUUUUAUAAAUGACUAGAAACAAGUAAAUGAGGGAGAAAGAUAAAGAAAAAACAGACAGCGAGAGAAAGUACUGUUUUACAGCCUUAUGUGUAUGAAGGACGCUUGAAUGAUAUAUUCAAGAGUUACAGUAGUAGUAGUAAAGGUACAAAUGAACAGAUACCAAACUCUCUCUGCAAAUGAUCAUUCACAUACAGUAUCUUCUAAAUGAUGUAUUAUUUUUGUAACUUAGGAGAACUGCAUUCCUUUACCUUUUCAUUGAUGUCAACAAGAUGGAAUUUUCAGCACCAGCCCUGAAUGCAUCAUAACAACUUUUUUAAUUAAAGCUCUAAAAUUGCACACUUAUUUAAAUUAAUUUAAUAGUAUUUAAUUGUAUUUUGAAUAACACAGGUAAGUUCAAGGGUAGAACUGAAAUGUGUUAUGGGAGUCUCCCAAACAAAUCCAUUGAGUAACAUAACACAAACAAAGCGACAAAUGUCAGUUAUAAAUUCUAAAGACAACUAAAUCAAUCUGUAACAUGCCAUUAAUAUAUAUUCAUACAUCCAUCAGUACUGUAGUUGUUGAAUGAACUGUGAUUGUGUGAAAACUACUGUACCUCAAAUAACUGGUUAAUUGAAUGUAUGUAAUGACAUUUAUUUCUGUAUCAUUUAGAAAUGGUGCUGUAUAACAUUUGAAGGUUUGUUAGUGUCUGUGUCUCUUGUAACUGGUUAUCUCCUCUUAGUUCUGUGCACAGCCAUUCUACUCAGUACAACUGAUCCUGGUAAACACUGGACUCAGUAUCAUCUGUGUGUGAUCAUUGCCACUGAUUAUCUUUACCCUAGAACACAUAUGAAAUGCCACAACCCCCUUUAAAGGCAAAUGUGGGUCAAAAAAAGACCCAGAGGAAAUCUAGAUGCUUAUUCUUUCUAAAACUACUUAUUUUUUUCAAGGAAAAUUAAUUUGAAUGAUAAUUGCAUUAGUUAUUUAAAUAGGUAAAAUAUAUUUUUUCAGUUCUAAAGAGUUUCAGACACAUUGAAAAUGGUGUAGGAGUUUUGAAUGACAGUGUAUAAAAACCUGUAAAAUAGAAAUAUGGGCAAUUUCUAGUUUGGUGAUAUAAUAUGAAAUGUCUCAACAACUCUACCCACACAGACACAUUCAAAUAAAUACAUUUAAAAUUCUUUUUACAACAAAAAUAAAAAUAAAAUAUAGCUGCAAGAAGCGAUGAUGGGCCCAAGCACCAUGGGUCCAUUUCCACAUGGUGGCUUACCGAAAACAAAGCAUGAUGGAUACAGCAACAACUCAACAUUAAUAUAAACUUGGACCCUAUAUAUACACAAUGCGUAAUAGAUAUAUGCCAGCAUUCCAGUUUGACUACAACGUCAUGUAAUUUAUUCCACUGCCAUGACAACACUAUUAAAGUGACACACUUCCUUCCACCAGCUACAGUUUAGGACGAGCUCCCACCCCUGACGGUUUGUAAAGCAGCAUAUCUCAGCACCUACAGCCUGAGUAAAAACAGCAUGAAAAAGUCAAUUUCUCGCAACAUCAUAUUGGAGGUUGACCGCACAGCCUGACGCACGCUACCUAGGUCAAUACUGAAUGGACGGCUAGGCUACAAUGGGAGAGGUUUUGGUGCCUGUGAAUCGAUGUCAGAGUACGAGGGAUAAGAAACAGAGUCAGUGAAGCGUUAACCUUUCUAGCUGACUUGGGACCAGUGUGAGAAUGGCCAGCCAUACCCAAAAUAAUAAGAGUAAAAGUGUUAAGCGUUACUGUGAGUAUCAGUCAUAUGAGAAAUAGAAACAAACAAUACCUUAUAAACAGUUAAAAAACAGUAAAGAACUGGCAGCAGGGUUGCCAGCAAGUUACUUUAAAAUCAACAGUAUCUUGCUGUAGCUGAAAUUUACAGUUUGCUUCUUUUUCACAAGAGGUAUAUUUGAAGGAUUUUACUGUAAACUACAUUACAAACACACUACAUGCUACUGUAUAAGCUACUGAGUAAUGACUGCUAGCAAAAAGAUCUACAAUGUGUUUACUUUUUUUUUCUAAACCUUGUGAUUUAAUAAAUUAUUCCUUAGUCUUGCUAUAAAGAUACAGUGUUUUAACACAGUGCAUAAAUGUAGCCUUUGAAAUAGUGACUUUUAACACAAAUAAUACAGCUUCAAAGUGUCUUCUGAAAGCAUGUCUCUCUUUAUUUGCAAAAACCUAUUCUUGUAAAACAUCUGUACAAAAUUAGAAGGCAAUGGUAAAACAAAGCCCAAAGCUGAUUCGGGAAAAUAAACUUACAUUUCAGCCAUAUAAAUAAUAAAUACAUAUUAUAACAAAUAAUGUAA